AGACAUAAAUUAUCAAUAAUAAAUUAAUGUUGCAAAUGAAAGCUGGUUAUCUGCAGCUAAUAUAAGUGUGUUAGAAUGUCUGACUCAACUUCUUGGAAAAAGCUUGCAGAUGAGAAGGAGAAAGAGUGGCGACAAGUCUUAGAAUCAAGGUAACAUUUAUUUCACACAAAACUAUGCAGUUAUGGAUUACUUUUAUAAAAUCUCUGAAUAGAGAUUUUAAACCCAUUGCUUUAAGAUUUAAUCUUUCAAAUAUUGUGUUAUCCAUAUGAAUUACAGGUUGCUUCAAUUAAAAUAUUGGCUCUACACUAAUUUAAACAUUAAACAUGGAAUAAAUUAUUCUCUAAAAUAAUUGGACUACCGUCUGGGGUGUUAACUAUUUUUUAUUUAUAUUAUAAAUUGCAUAAUUUCAAGAGAACUUAAAUUAAAUCUUUGUCUACCUAUGUUUUGUAAAAAUAUUUGAUAACUAUUUGUGUACAGUUUGAAAGCUUCUAUAUUGAAGAUAUCCCCCAAACUGAAUGAGGAAUGAAUGGGAUGGUUUUAUAAGUAUCAACUAUUUAUCAUUAAUUAUGAAUAUAUUAGUGUUGAUUACUGAUUUUAAAUACCCUCAUCUAUUAACUUUAAAAGAAGGAAUACUUUGUAUCUAUUUUUGCAAUAUCAGCAGUGUAUGUUAUUGUACAUUGAUUUGUUGGGGCCUUUUCUUGAGCUUUUCCAAUAACUUGUUUUACAUAUUUCCUUGUACAAUUGUAGCACUGUGUGAUCUUUUUUCAAGUAAAAUUAUGAAUUUAAAAGUAAUCAAAUAAUAACUAGCUAGGCUAAUUAUGUCAUGUGCGCACUUUCCAAAACUAAUGGAAAACUUCAUGCCCCUUUUAUAUUUUAUUUUAUUUAUUAUUUAUUUUAAUUGCAUCAUUUUUGGGGGAUCUUUGCCAAAAAGAAUUACUAAUUUUUUAUUAGAAAAUAAGCCAACAUUUAAAGCUUUCCAUUCAAUUUUUAUCUUGUAAAAUCUAUGGCAUAGAUCCAAAUAUUAAAAAAAAUAAUAAUCAAUUUCAGGAUAAAUGCUCUUGAGGGAGAAGUUAAACAGAAAGACACUGAGCUUGCUUCUGAAAAAAUAAAAUUUAAUGAAUUAAAAGAGCAUUUCAAAUACAACCUAAAGUUGUUAGAAGAGAGAGACAGAGAGCUUGAAAAAUAUGACAUCUCAUUCUCAGGUAACACAUGCUAAUAAAUGUAAAACAAGCUUCAUAGAUUAAUUAUAAUGUUAAAAUAAGAUAAUUUCUUUUAAAUUUGGAAGAUGAUAAAAUAAUGUCAUAUAGUUUUCAAAUAUCUGUAAUGUUAGUAAGUUCUAAAUCAAUGAAAUUUUCACAUUUCUUUGAGGCCAGCAAUGCAACCAGGUAUUUGACAAUUAAAUUAAUGUUUAAAUGAAAUCAUUUAUGCAAAAUUUUAAAGAGAACAGUGAAUUAUGUUGAUUUUCUAAAAAAUAAAAAUAUCUAAUAUUUCUUUUCCUUAGAAAUACGAAAUGCCCUAAAUCAAAAAAAUGCUGAAAUUAGCGAGUUAAAGAUUUAUCUUGAUGAUUUGAAAAAUGUUAUAAAAAGAGAAGAGAAAACAAAGGAUGAACUGCAAGCUAACUAUCAGCGACGAAUUCGAGAAAAACAAAUGGAAGUCGAUACAUACAAGAGGUCAGAUCCUAAAUCACAAAGUUUGAUAAGUUUUAUAGACAUGACAUUUGGUCAUUGUAAGUUAACUAAUUGGAUUUAGGGUAGCUCAAAAGAGCUUAAUUUCAUUUUCUGUUUCUUUUAUAUUAUAUUUCUGCCUUCUUUUUCAAUUAAAACAAAAUCAAUUCUACUGUUUUGCAUUAAUCAAAUGAAGGAUUUUUUGCUGUCAUUUUUUUUUCAGGUAAGAAUUUAGUAUAGGAUAUUCUGUUAUAGCUUCUUUAUCUUGGAUUCUUGUAAAGCAUUUCGCUACAGAUUGUUCGUUAAAAUUUGAUAUAUUGAUAAAUUUUAUUCCAUUAGUUUUAGCUAUCUAUUUCAAAUGUUUCCUAUUUUAUAGUUGUAAGGACAAGGAACUGCUGGAUGAGAGGAAGGAGUAUGAACAGUUCAGGAGAGACCUGCAAAGACAGUUGGUCAAUGUUCAAAAUGAACUGGACAUUCAGAAGAGAGAAUUAACUUCUGGUAACUGUCUACUUUCACAAAUCUUAGUUCUGUUUGUAGCCAUGUGCCGAGUGGGUGAGUGGUUGAGAAAUUAAGUUUUAAAUUUCAUUUAUAAAUCCAAGGAAAUCAGAUCUUAAAACUUAACCACAUGGCUGCACAUUUCCUAUAACGAUAUGACUGUCAGGAUUCUACAUGCGCAAGCACCAUGUCUUGUACAAGCGAGCGCAUAGCAGUGCAUUUAACUCAAGCUCUACAAAGUUUAAUCAUUCGUUGGAUUCUGAUGUACACGCUAAGGUUAUUUGAAUUUAAGCAAAUCUCAGCUUGUAAAACUAGAAUGAUAUAAAUAGUAGGUGUUAGAUGUAAAUGCUCAUACACCAGGUCUGUAAUUGACAUAGCACACUGCCAUAUGUCUAACUAUGGCGUAUGUCUAACUAUGGCGAUGUCAUUGUUAAGAGGUACAUUCAAUGAGCUUGACAAGUAAUUAAACUAAAACACUGCUUAACAUGAUCAAUAAUGAAUAGGAAUCGCCAAUCACAAAAACUUUAUAAAAGUACUCUACACAAAGGAUAUAGCAUGCUUUUUACUGAUGAAUCGGCCAUACAGGCGGGUGAAAUAAUUUAAGAACUAAUUUUCCUUGCUACAAGUCAUCUACAUCAAUUGAAAAUAAAUUGGUUGCAUGGGCCCUACCUGAUAUAGGACAAACAGGGGAACAAUGACGUCACUGUCUUGUAUUUGGUCAUGGGAUGACCACUUGCCAUGCAUGAGUGACCAAAAAGGAGGUUAGGGCCCAGCUCUCAGCGCUGUGCUUCUUUUAAUUUUGGGUGCGUAUGGGCUAGGGUAUUGCUCUGUGGUUUACCCGCAGCUAUCAAAGUGACACUCAGAGCUUGUGUUACCUUAUUACCAUUAGGUUGAAUCUUGCCACGUCGUACUUGACUGUAAUUAUUGUAAUGAUGAUUUGUGUUUCUUAUAUGAGAGAUAAAAUAAAUAUAUACAUAAAAUAAUAGUUAUUACAUAUACAAUGUAUGACUAUUUGCUUAGCUUAGAUUGUUAUGCCAAUCAUUUUUAUUAAAAGAAAUAGAAAUAAAAUAACCAGACACAAGGCCUGUCAUUAUUUUGUCAAUCAAUCAUAAUUUACUUUUUAAAAGAAUUUGAUGACGCUAUUAAAAAACGAGAGCAUGAGUUUAAACUCCGCUGUGAUGAACUGAGCACAAAAGCCUUGGAGUACGAGUUGAAGGUAAGAGAGAUAACUCACCCAGUAUUUACAGUUAACUAAGUAGAAUUUGUUGUUAUGUUAUAUGAGAGUGAUCCAAUUUUCUUAUCCUUAAAAUAAAGAACAUUAAAAACAAAUAAUUAAUUAAUUGACACCAUUUUCUUUCAAAAUCUUUGGUGAUGACUUAAAAUCAAUGGCAAUCAACUAUUCUAUUUCCAGGUAAAGGUGUUGGAAAAGGAACUUGAGCUGUCCAGGGAUUGCUAUGAUAAGACACACACUGUCAUGGCUGAGGCUGAAGACACACAGAGACAGUUGGAGAAACUCUUAAAACAGAGAGAGUGGGAGUUGACAGACACCACUGCCAUGAAGGAUGCUGAGUAGGGACUCCAGUUUGUAGUAGUCAGAAAAGUGUGGUCUAAUUGUUUGUAGUAGUUAGAAUGUGUGGUCUAAUUGUUGGUAGUAGUUGGACAAGUGUGAUCUGAUUGAUUGUAGUAGUUAUAAAGUCUGGUCUAAUUGUUUGUAGUAGUCAGACAAGUGUGGUCUAAUUGUUUUUAGUAGUUAGAAUGUGUGGUCCAAUUGUUUGUAGUAGUUAGAACGUGUGGUCUAAUUAUUUGUAGUAGUUAGACAAGUGUGGUCUAUUGUUUGUAGUAGUUAGAGAGUAGAAACCCUUUUUGUUUAAUAGUAGUUAUAGAGCAGUGAGAUGGAACUUACUAUUUGUAAUAGUUAGAAUGUAUGUUCUAAUUGUUUGUGGAAGUUAAAAUGUAUGGUCUACAUGAUUGACGUAGUUAGAGAGUAUGGUCUACAUGAUUGACGUAGUUAGAGUAUGGUCUACAUGAUUGACAUAGUUAGAGAGUAUGGUCUACAUGAUUGACGUAUUUAGAGAGUAUGGUCUACAUGAUUGACGUAUUUAGAGAGUAGAAACCCUUUUUUUAAAAUAUUGUUUAUAGAGUAGGGAGUUGGAACUUACUAUUUGUAGUAGUUAGAGAGUAUCUUUUUUUUUUUUGUAGUAGUUACAGAGCACAAUCUAAAUGAUGGAAGCAGUUAAUGAGUACUGUCUAAAUGAUUGAAGUAGUUACUGAGUACUAUCUAAAUGAUUGAAGUGGUUAGAGAGUGGGGUCUAAUUCUUUUUUAGCAGUUAGAGAGUAUGAGCUUAUUGUUUGUAGCAAAUAAAUGGGUAAAGUUUACUUUAUGAGUUUAUUGCAUGUGCUCAAAAUUAUCUAAUUUAGAUUUUAGAUAUUUAUAAUGGCUGAAAUAUUAAUUGUCAAGUUAGAGUUUACUCAAAUAAAUGAACAAAAUCGUCUUUCUUAUUCAGGAUAGCUGAUCUGAGAAUGAGAGUUUCUUCAAGUGAAUCAUCAAUGAAGAAGUUGAAAGAUGAUUUCCAAAGAAAGUGAGUGUUGAAUCUCUGUAUCUUACUGAUCAGUUUCCUGAUCUAGUGGAUUCCCUGAAAAAUGUUUUGUGACUUUUUUUUAGGUUCAACACUUGUGACUUCAACUUAGUUUCAACACUUGUGACUUCAACUUAGGUUCAACACUUGAGUCUUUAACUUAUUUUACUAAUCCAUUAAAGUUUUUCUGGUAUAUUAAUGUACCAGUAAAUGAAAUUUAAAAACUAAAUUUGUAACAAUUAUUAAAUUUCUUAUAUGACAUAAUGUCUUCUCACUGCAUCUACCAAGUCUGAAAUGUUUAAAAUUUAAAUUUAUCAAAACAGUUAUAAUGGUAAUGGAUUGGAUAUAAUGGUAAUAGAUUGGAUAUAAUGGUAAUGGAUUGGAUAUAAUGGUAAUAGAUGAGAUAUAAUGGUAAUGGAUUGGAUAUAAUGGUAAUAGAUGGGAUAUAAUGGUAAUGGAUUGGAUUAAUUGGGAGUGAUGGUACAGCCCAGACCCCCUACAUUGGCUAUAGUGCUAUAGAUCAGAGCUCUGCAACCGGUGAGCCACGGCACACGUGUGCCACAAGAUAAUGCCAGGUGUGCAAAACACGUCCAAGAGAUAUCAGAAGCAUAAAGUGUACCUAGAUACAUAAAUAAAGGAGACAUUACUGACAGGCUGACAAACUCUGCAAUGGCAGAGAUCUGUCAAGUAGCGACAUUUAAUACGGCGAAAUUCUCUGUAAAAUAACAGAUCAUAAUGAAUGUUAACUACAUUAUGUAGUUAUAUUUUUGCAUGUUUUUACUUGUGGUGUGCCGCAGAAUUAUCGGAAAGCCUUAGGUGUGCCAUGAUUGAAAAAGGGUUGCAAAGCUCUGCUAUAGGGGAUGAAUUAAAAACUUGUGACUUCAACUUAGGUUCAACACGUAUGUUCUAAAGGUCUUGCUGAUCAUUUCUGACCAUCACUUAUGAAAUAAAUGUUUAUUUUGAUGACUAAUCUGUUUCUUUGAGGCUGUAUAUUAGGUUAUUCCUAAAGAAGCAAUGAUCAACUGGACUCAACCAGGAUUAUAGUUUAUUUUUCUUAAAUUUUUUACAUAGGUUUACAGACAUGGAUCAGCUGGUCAGAGACAAAGAAAAUACAGUUGAGAGAGUCAAGAAUGGCUACCAUGAGAAGGAGGAAGCUCUUUUGACCACCAUACGGGACCUGCAGUCUCAACUAGAGGAUGCUCAGAUCAGGGAAAGACAACUGCAGUGGUCUAAACAAGAUCUAAUCAAGGAAAAUGAAAUUCAGAUUGAAAAGUAAUUAAAUACUCUUCACUUUAUUAGAUAAAAAUUGCUUUUGAUAUUACCCCUGAUUUGAAUUUUAGACUUCAUUUGAAUUUAACACUUCAUUUGAAUUGUACAUUUGAUUUGAGUUUUACAUUUGAUUUGAAUUUUUCACUUCAUUUGAAUUUUACACUUGAUUUGAAGCACAUUUUUAUGACUUGCUAAUAAAUACUACCAUACAUCAAAUCAAAAUAAAGCUAAAAGUGACAGGGUGGUUUGUGUUUAAAAAAUUGCAGUUUUAAGAUAAUAUAAGAUUCUUUAUUGACCCUAUGGCAAAUGUGUUUUGAUGACAUAGUACAUCUGCAUAUUCAGCAUGUGAGUAAGCACUGUGAUUAAGAGAACAAUCUUUAAAAUAGAACAAACUAAACCUAAGACAUUGAAAUUAUUUAUUAUUCUCAAGUGCAUCAAUCAGCCAUCAUCUCAAAAAUAAACUAGCUUCCUUAGUGACAAUAUUGACUUUAAGAGUGGUUAUUUGAUUUUAUAAUGUGACAUAUUAUAUAUGUUGAGCCCUACAGUAAACUCAUAUUUUAUUUUAAAAUAUGACAUAUUAGAUAUUGAGACUCAUUGAGCUCAUAUUUAUAAUGUGACAUUUUAUAUAUAUUGAGACCUACAGUGAAUUCAUAUUUUAUAAUAUGACAAAUUAGAUAUUGAGACUUACAUAAAGGUAAUAUUUUAUAAUGUGACAUAUUAUAUAUUGAGACUCAUUGAGCUCAUAUUUUCUAAUGUGACAUUUUAUAUAUAUUGAGACCUACAGUGAACUCAUAUUUUAAAAUAUGACAUAUCAGAUAUUGAGACUUACAUUGAGGUAAUAUUUUCAAAUAUUGCUUACAGUCUGAAGGAAGAAAUCAAAACAGUGAAGGAGAGAUGGGAUCGUCAUGUUGCUGAGAUAUCAAAAGAACAUGUCAGCCGAGACCUUGAACUUGGCACUGCAAUAGAAGAACAGAGACGACUCAAGCUUGAACUUGAACAGAGAAAAGAAGAUCUAGAAAUGUUAGUUAUUAACUUACCCUUGUUAGUUAUAAACUUACCCUUGUUAGUUAUAAACUUACCCUUGUUAGUUAUAAACUUACCCUUGUUAGUUAUAAACUUACCCUUGUUAGUUAUAAACUUACCCUUGUUAGUUAUAAACUUACCCUUGUUAGUUAUAAACUUACCCUUGUUAGUUAUAAACUUACCCUUGUUAGUUAUAAACUUACCCUUGUUAGUUAUAAACUUACCCUUGUUAGUUAUAAACUUACCCUUGUUAGUUAUAAACUUACCCUUGUUAGUUAUAAACUUACCCUAUAUUACAGGUAUAAUGCACAAAGUUUAGGUAAAAAAAUGCUAGUUAAAAAUUGCAGUCAUAAUUCAACACACUGGGGUGUGUAGGAAAUAUUUCAUUACAUAAAAUAUACUCAUGCAACCAAAUCUUGAUGAUACACUCACAUUGGGAGGUUGAACACUCACAUUGGGAGGUUGAACACUCACAUUGGGAGGUUGAACACUCACAUUAGGAGGUUGAACACUCACAUUGGGAGGUUGAACACUCACAUUUGGAGGUUGAACACUCAUGGUAUCUGCACAUCAAGAAAGUAAAGCCACCAUUACCCAUUUGACUGGAUAUUAGCAUGGUUGUUUCUGUAUGGCUACUGUUAAUAAUUUAAUUAAUCGUAACAUUAUCAUUUUACAUACAUUUUUAUCUCGUCAAUUGAUAUUGUAUUAUUAAUAAUGUAUAUAGCAUUUUAUUGCUUUUUUCAAAGAAAAAGGAGUUUGCGUUAUACGUUGAUCAUGUUAAAAAUGGCUAUGUACUGUACAACUAAAGUUCUUAUUCUAUUUUAAGUCUUUGUGUUUGAUCCAUUUUUCUGUGAAUAACAAAUUUUUAAUCUGAUAAUUAUUUCAUGAACUAUUAUUUAUAACAAAAUUAAUCAAUUUAUUUGGCUGCCAAGAAAUGCAAUGGCUUCUGAUGUUCAAUAUCCAGGUACAAAAAAUGUUCAAUAUCCAUUUAAUAAAUGUUCAAUAUCCAGGUACAAAAAUGAACUUAAAGCAGCUGCUGAGAGGGAAGAGAAACUGGACAAAGCCAAAAUGCAGUCAGAGCUGGACUGGCAGAGACGUUGUGAAGAUCUGGAGAGACAACAAUACGACAAGUCUGAGGAUCUUAUUAAAAAACUGACCACAGCGAGGAAUGAUGUAAGCCACCAAUCUAUUUAGAUUCUGUUUAACCUACUAACAAUAUCAAUGCCAGUACAUGCAUUGAGAUAGGACAUUCGUGAAAGAGAAGAUAUGAAGCCAACUUGACUGUUGUAACAGACUGAAACAUUGCUUAUGGAAAUGGUUGUGGUCGUGGUAAAGGUUGAUUUCUUCAUCAGAUUAGGAAGGAUGAGAUUAUUUGAAUAGCUUUGAAGAAAAUAAAUGAUUUCAAGUCUUUGUAAGCUCUGCCUUAAGGUUGUGAUGGAUGUCAUAAGGUAAUCAUAAUAACUCAAUUAAUCUAUGAAAACUGCUUCAGUCAUCUUGUGUUGUAUCUACUGCAGUAAUCCUGUGUUGUAUCUACUGCAAGCAUCCUAUUUUAUAUCUACUGCAGUCAUUGUGUGUUAUAUCUACUGCUGUCAUCCUGUGUUGGUAUCUACUGCAGUCAUCCUUUGUUGUAUCUAGUGCAGUCAUCCUGUGUUGUAUGUACUGCAGUCAUCCUGUGUUGUAUCUAGUGCAGUCAUCCUGUGUUGUAUCUACUGCAGUCAUCGUUUGUUCUGUCUACUGCAGUCAUCCUGUGUUAUAAGCGGUUUAUGGAUUAUAUUUGAUAUCAAAUAUUUAUAACAUGAUGAUAGUGAAGUCAACAGCAAAACGAGAAGAUGACAAAAAGUUGUUUGCACUGAAUGAAAAAAAAUGUAAAUAUUCAAAUAAUUUCUGUUCCAGUCAACAUUCUAUUUGAAAUUAAAUAUUUGGUUUAAAAUGGACAUCAAAUAAAGUUUCUAUGGUGAUUUAAAGAAUUAAUUCUCAAUGAAAUUAAAAUAUUUCAGUCUGAAGCCUUGUUAAAGGAAAGGGAAAGAGAACUCCGCCACAAAGUGUUGCUGAUAAAGUCCCUUCAUAAAGAGAGAGACCAGCUGAGAGCUUUACUUAAGAGAUCCGAUAUCCCCUUGGAUAACUUUAUUAAAGUAAGAAAAUUAUCUAAAUACUCUAUUACGGUAGCAUUAUUUAGUUGAAUGGAAUCUAUUUUUAAAAUGUGAAUAUGGUACUUGUAUAAGAGAGUAACUUCAGAACUUGUUGAAAAGUUGUUCUGUCAUUUCAGUAUUCCCUGGAUACUGUGGAGAAAGGAGAGGAUGAACUGGACUACAUAGAGGAGUUACAGAGAGAAAACACAAGUCUUAAACAGCUGAUAGCAAUGAUGAGGCAGGAGAUGGAGGCACUGGGUGGGGAGGUGCCUAAACUAGAGACAGGUAAGAUGAGAGGUGCCCAAACUUCAGACAGGUAAGAUGAGAGGUGACAAAACUUCAGACAGGUAAGAUGAGAGGUGCCUAAACUUGAGACAGGUAAGAUUAGAAGUGCCCAAACUUCAGACAGGUAUUAUGAGAGAUGCCCAAACUAGAGACAGGUAAGAUUAGAAGAGCCCAAACUUCAGACAGGUAUUAUGAGAGAUUCCCAAACUAGAGACAGGUAAGAUGAGAGGUGCCUAAACUUGAGACAGGUAAGAUUAGAGGUGCCCAAACUUCAGACAGGUAUUAUAAGAGGUGCCCAAACUUGAGACAGGUAAGAUUAGAGGUGCCCAAACUAGAGACAGGUAAGAUGAGAGAUGCUCAAACUUGAGACAGGUAAGAUUAGAAGUGCCCAAACUUCAGACAGGUAUUAUGAGAGAUGCCCAAACUUGAGACAGGUAAGAUUAGAGGUGCCCAAACUUCAGACAGGUAUUAUAAGAGGUGCCCAAACUUGAGACAGGUAAGAUUAGAGGUGCCCAAACUUCAGACAGGUAUUAUGAGAGAUGCUCAAACUAGAGACAGGUAAGAUGAGAGGUGCCCAAACUUGAGACAGGUAAGAUGAGAGGUGCCCAAACUUGAGACAGGUAAGAUGAGAGGUGCCUGGAAGAAUGACCAGUCUCAUAAGUAUAUCCCGAAAGGGCACAGUUAAUAUCAAGUACCCAUAAAUGCAAUCACUGUGUUCAUUAUAUUUCAAUAAUUUCCAUUCACAAAUCUUGUUGCCUAAAAGAUAUUCAGUUGUUGGUGUCUUUUGGCUAUUCAUUUCUAUAUUUAAGAUAGUUAAUGGAGUCAAAUGUCUCACAUUUCAGACACUGUGAAUAAUUAUGAAGAAGAAUUGAAGGAGGUCCGCCAAGAAAACAAAGAACUGAGGCUAAAGUUGAAAGAGACAAGAAAAAACACCAUUUCAUUGCACAUGGCAAACAGUGUCAGCAAGGAAGUGAUGUCACAACUUGAAGGAAACAACGGGGUAAAGAAUCACAUUCUGGGACUCAAUGCUACAAUAGGUAUGUUUGUCUUAAACUUAUUAAAUUCUCAAAGGUUCAAUUAACUUACAAUUUUUACAAUUGUCCAACAAUAAUAACAAUUAAGCUGGCACAGGCGCUGCCUUCAGCGGUAUUUACUCUCAAGGAGUAUCAAGUUGGCAACGUAAGAACCUUUGAGAGCAGGCUGGGAAAAUCGACACCCAGGGCAAUAUCCCUUUUGUUUAGUGCAGAGAUGUGUCUGACUGGCAGCUCGGUAGCAACACCAUAUUCCCCUCACAGGGCCAUGCAGUGGUGCGUCCUUCUAAUGAUGUGUGAGUUGCUUCUCUGUGAAUUCCCAAUGGAACCUAAGCAACAUGCGCCAUCUCAUUAACCCUUUUCACAUCCCAAACAUUUUCCUUGGACCAGCCAGAUUCCAGAUCCAGGCAUUUCCCAUGACCCGAAAUGCAUUUCUUCCACCCUAGAGUAUCUAAGGAACAAAUCUAUCCAAAAAAAUGUCACAACAUCCUUCAUAGCUACCCAUGUCACACCACUGAUGACAAAUGACAUCCCAUUACUACAUUAAGGAGGAGACUUAUUCUUUUUCAAAAAAGCUUAUUGACCAACAUUGUUCGUAGUCCAUUAACUGUAAAUUCAAUCACAAACUCCUCUAGGGGAACAUUUUAAUAAGCAUACGUCCAAAAUGUAACAAUUGCAUCAAUGAAUCAGUGGAUAGCUGAUUAUGUUCAAACACUUAAGUUAUAAGAUAAGAUAAGAUUCUUUUAUUGAUCCAAAUAAAUGGAAAUGUUUUUUGAUUGCAUUAUACAUCUUCAGCACAUAAAUAAAACAAUUUGAACACAAGACAUUUAUAAUAAAUUAUCUCAAACAGCCAUUCAGUGAGUUCUCUUAGCCAAAUCGGGGACUUAUUAGUUCUCAUUAAGAUGUAUGACUUGAGAGGGAGCACGCCGGUAAAUUCGUACAGAUUGGGAAACAAACGAAUUUUUAUACAUUUCAGUCCUCACCCUGAUGGAAAGAAUUCAUCCCGAAUGGCCCGAUUCUAAAUAUUUGUGAUGAAGAGGGUGGGAUGUAUCAUCCAAAAUGUGUUUAGUUUUGCAAAAAACAUCUUUCUUCAAAUAGUUCUUCAAGUGAAGGAUGUUUAGUUUGUAUUGUGUUCCUGGCUUUCUUGAUUAGUCGGUUUAUGUGGUGUUUAAUAUCAGAUGUUAAAUUCCCACACCAGCAGGUAAUACUGAAAUUAAGUAGGCUUACAAUUGUUGAACUGUAGAAUAAGUUAAUGAUUUGCUUGUUUAAGCCGAAAUUGUACAGUUUGAGGUAGAACAGUCUUUGGUUGAAUUUCUUAUACAGUGUUUGGCCGUGCUCAUGCCAUGUUAGCUUAUUAUUAAUGGUGACACCUAAGUACUUCUAUGCCUCCACUUUCUCUACACUUUGAUUUUUUAUGUGUUAAAAUAUCAAUUGUAUUGUAUUAUGAUGUGCAUUAUUAAGCUUAUUUGUUCUAAACCAUUUAAAUCUUCCUUAUAUGUAUCAUUUAUCAUUAUAAAUUUUUCUGGGUAUCGUGGUAGGUUUAAGUUUAUUGUAAAAAAAUGUUUGUUUAAAACAGUUGAAAAAGCUUAACACUCAUAGUUUUCUUGUAAAUGUUAUACUAAUUUUGUUAGGACAGCUAAGAGACGCGUCAUUAUUAUUAUGAGGAUAACGCCCCCAAACUCUCUAAACACAUUUGUAUGAAGUCUCACUGGCGUGGGCAUGACUUUUGAAUUAAGGUCUUAUACAGAAUUAGAUGUGACUGACAGACAUUAAAUUUCAACAUCUUUCCCAAAAUAUCUGCAGCUGUCAUCCCCAAGUAUAUGACAUUUUUACAACUCAUAAAGCUGAAAUUGUGGUGGGGGGGAGGAGGCGCAUGUGGAAGAGACCAGGUCAUAAAUUCCAGUUGUCUUUUUCUGCAAGGUUUUCUCAUUUCUUAAAAAUGAGGUCAUCUUAGGUGGGCAGUGGACCUAUUUGUAGUUGCAAAGACUUCAAACAAAUUUAAUUUUUCUAAAAAAAACAAAGGAAAUCUUAGAUCCGAAAAAGUUGAGCUGGCCGCCACAGUGAAGAAGCAGCAAGCACGGAUGGCCUUUUUAGAGAAUUCUCUUGAGGAUAUUUCCAAGCAGGUCAAUUUGUUUUGUAUCUUUAUUAAAUCUGUAAACAACUCUAUAAUGAUAUUUUUUAAUUUUUAUAUAAUUUUAAAUUAUCAAUCAUCAUGUAGAAAAGUUUUUCUGAAACAUAGCCUUCUUGAUGGAAUCCUUUCUUGAGUGAAGAUGAUUUUCAGAGUACGAUAAAAUAAAUUUUUUUGUAUUGUCAUUAGCCACGUCAAAAGCAGAUUCAGAUUGACCAACUGACCUAUGAACUCAGUAGUUGUCGACGCAGAUAUGAAGGAGAGAUAAAUGGGCUCAAAACACGUGUUGGUGAUUUGGAACUGCAGCUGACCGAGGCUCGACGAGAAGCAGAUGAAUAUCAUCGAGCAAGUUUGGAGAGAAAUGAAGAGUUAGUCGCUCUGGGAAAUCAGGUUUAUUGAAUUUUUUUAUUUUAAUUACACUGGGCGUAUUUCAUUAUUUCUAAAUAAAUUUGUGUAUAACUUUUUGAUCUAGUGGUAAGUAAAGUUGUUAUUCCCUGUAGCUAAAAAUGUUAUUCUAAUUGGAACUUUCAGCAUGUCUGUGUGGAUUACAUAAUGUUUAUUUAGUGAUUGAAAUUAUUUAAGGCGUUGUCUAUAGUAAAAUUCUGUUGGUCCUACAUUCCACAGCUCUCAUCAAUGAAAAUGGAGUUGUCAGAAACAAAUCCUUCCAUCAACUUUGGAGCUCAGGUCUGAACCUCUGAUUAUUUUUGUGUUGUGAAAUGUUGAGGAAAAUAUAGUUGACUUUGUAAAUCAAAUAGUAUGAUGUGAAUGAAGUCCUUUAUAUAUUGAGGAGACAACUAACUAAAAAUUUUUAGAAGAAAAAAAAUGAGUUUUCCACUUUAGUUCCUUUUUUUAAGUGUCAAUCUACAGUAUAUAUUGCAGUUAGUGAAUCAGAAACUUCACUUUAACUCUUUCGCUGCGGAACAAGGCACACUGCGUUCAUCCCCUGUUCUCAAAAGCACGGACCAACGCGCUGUGUGCUGUUUCAAUAUCAUGUUUGUUUCUCUGCUAUUUUUCGGUUAAACAUUUUAAGAGCUAUUUUUAAAAAAGACUUUUGCAUAGAAGAAUGGUAAUUAAUUGUUUAUAAGCGAAACCAAGUUUUAUUUGUUGUAAUUUGAAGCAUUAUUUUAAUGAUUGUCUUCGCUAUUUUUAUUCUACUGUUGCUAUGGCUACUCUAUGACUAAGUUUCCUACAUGAUUAACAUCUCAAAAAGCUUUGGAAUUGUUUUAUACUAUUUCUUGUGAUGGUGAAGGGGAUUUAUAUUUAGAUCCAUCGGAUGAUUCCGAUACUAGUAAUUUUAGAGGAUUUGAGUUAUAGAAGUGAAGAUGAGGUAUGCGUGCAUCAUAGGAUUUGGGGAAAAAAUGUUUUAGCAUAAUGGUUUUAUGGUUCUUUUCUGUAAUUUAUUUUAUUUAAAGUCAAGACAUAAGUUUACAAACAUAUAGUCCUUUCAAUAAUCUUUCAUUUGAUACCAAGUUUAGUCUUAUAAACAAAAAAAUAAUACUUUAAAUAUUUUUUUGAUAAACCCAACCUCUCACUCUGUCUUGCUGUUUGAAAAAUAACGUACAUUUUUUUAAUAAAAAUAUUCCGCAGCAAAAGAGUUAGGUCUAAUAUUUCAUUAAAAAAUCAGAAUGCUCUGUUCACUAUAUAAAGUUGAUUUACAAAAAAAAAGCUUUUUGUCAAAGAUUAUUUCCAAUGUCUGUUUUACAGGAGCUCUACAUCCAGCAACUACAAACCGAACUCAGUCAGCUCCGCAAGCGAGCAGAGGCGGUAGAAGAUCCAAACCUUGAUUACCUGGGGACUAGAUUAGAUAAAUCCAAUGUAGGCGACUUGAAAAAUAAACUCAAAUCGGCGGCCUCCAAGAUUAUACAGUUGGCAAAAGAAAAUCAGCAGCUAACAGAGUCCAACAACAGAUUAAGAACAGAGCUGAAAGCAUCAAGUAAGUGUAUGUCGAAUUAUUUCAAGCUUUCUUUGAGAAUUUUCUGACGGAAUUUCUGAAUUUAAAUAAAAAAUUUUAACAUGUAUAAAACAGAAUUUGAUCAUUGGUUCCCAGUACAAAUCAUUUAUGUCAACGAUGUACAGAUGAACCCACUUUUCUCGACCUCAGUUAACUCAACAACCCUGCUAUGUCAACAUUUUUGAAGUGGAACCGCUAAAUUCUUUCUGAGCAUUUUCUCCUUGGUUAUGUUGAUUCUUUUAUGUUGCUGACCCUUGAUGUCUCGAGCACAAAAGGCCGCCAAAUUUUCCACUUAACCUCGGUUAUCUCAAUCCCCAUGACCAAUCGCGGGCUUUUGAAAAUUAUAUACAACAGAAAUGUGCCUACUUCAAACCGGAGUAAUUGAAAUGACAAUGUCAUCCGCACAAUUAACUUGUCACAGUAAGAAGCGAGAGGCUUGCAAACAAAAGAGAGAAGUUGCAGUAACUGUUCCAUUUAUAGCAAACCCAUCCGUCGCUUAAUAGGCUUUCAUGUGUUCUUACAUGUUGCUUUUUAAAAAAACAACAGAAUCCGUAUUUGAAAAAACUGAAUUGGUGAAUCCGGAGCAAGAGAAAAUUUAAAACUUGCGAAUCCGGAGCUGAAAAAUAUUUAGCCUCACGAAUUUGGAAUAAUCUGGAAAAGUGGAUCCCCUCAUAUGCCUUGUGUUGUUAGCAAACAUGUAUGUCCAUUUUUAAUAGCAUGCCGAUCGCUUUAUCAAACAAAUCACAGUAAUGCUGUUGUGUAAAAAUAAAUUCCAAAAACACGUGCAUGUACAUUCUCAUUUAUAAACACUCAUCGUGUACAUAAAGAAAUUUCAAGCAAAAGAUAAUAAAUGGCCGCCAUAUUAGUUUUCGUUUAUCUCAAUCAUCAGUUAUCUCAAUGCUUUUUGGCAAACCCCAAGGCCGUCGACAUAACCGGGUUCUACUGUACUACUAGAAUUCUAUAACUGACCCCAUAUUUUUCAAAUUUUUAAUUGCUGUAUUUGUCCUGCUAAUUUGAAAACACAAAAAUAUUAUUGACCAAACUUUAAUGAAAUAGAAUUAGUCUAACUUGCUAUUUUAUUCCCAGUUGCAGAAAAGAGCUCCCAACACAAGCCAGCAGGUUCUCAAUCUGUACAAUUUUCUGAACAUAAAUCAUUAAUAUUUGACAACAAUGAAAGGUCAAAAGAGGCCUCAAAGCUGGACAGCCAAUCUGACCGACUGGCAGAGCUGGAAAAGUUGCAGUAUCAAUUGACUAAACAGGUAUGUUUGGUUUGUACGUAAGGCAACAGUAGCACAAAUUAUUUACUCAAUGUUUCUAUAGUAUAGUAGUUACUAUCCUAAUGUCUCAUUUUUAUUUUAGUUGGUUUACAUGUUUUUAAUAAUUGUAAAGCGCUUAGAGCUUGAAGGUAAGCGCUAUAUAAAAAUGCCUAAAUAAAUAAAUAAAUACAGACAAGGCAGUUAAUUAUUCAUUGAGGUUAAAUAAACAAUUGCUUAUUUGAAACUCAAUAAUCAUUGGAAAUAACAUAAAUGCUUAUGAAUUUUUUCCUUCAAAGGAGUUGCAAUAUGCCCAGAGGUUUAAAGCUGACAAGCCGAUCAACGUUCAGCAGUCUUUCGAUAAUAAGGAAAUCCCAGAGCGAGAUAUGAGUGGUAUGUACUAUGAUAGGUUGUUAGUUCAAUGAGAUCUAUGAAUUCUUGGUGUCCUUUUGUUUAUAAAGUCUGAUAAAAAAUAAAAUAAAUUGGUUUCUGAAAAUAAAUGUUUAAAUCUGUCAUAAGUUUGUCAUUCUGUCAGAGAGUUUGCUUUAUGUCUUUCUUUUUUUGUUAUGUUAUUUAUAACCCACACUUGAGAUUAUAUAUCAUUGUCUUUCACUUAACCAAAAUCAUUGUUCUGCAUCAUUGCACAACUGUUCACAAAAGUAUGAAACUAGAUGUGCCAGUCUACAGUUUAUUAUACAACAAAGCAUAAAUGGAUGAUUUUUUUUUAUACAGAAAAAUGGGAAUUAAAGUUAUUUUGUGUUUCAGCAAAGGUGAAUUUAAAAAGUUAAAUUUAGCCAACACACAACUUGCCACUCUGCCAUGUACCAGCUGGUGGUUAGAAAUACAGUACUGACUCCUGAAAAAGCCCUCUUCAAUAUUAAUGUCAAAUAUUUCGUCUCUGUUAUAACCAGAUUCUGAUAGACACGCCCAACCCUACUUUGAUAGCCUCCAACCCAUCAAAGCUAAAUCAACACCUCCUCGAGGGAAUCGCACACCCAGAGAAGCGGACUCUCAGAUGCUGAUGAGCAUGUCAUCAGGGGGAGGUGAAUCCAUCCAGAAGGUGUGGGAAAUGUUGGAGGAUUCUAUCACCAGUUAUGGUUCCUCAUUGAUGCCCGCUGCCAGACCCACCUCAACUCUGAAUCCAGGUAUCUCAACUGUUUUAUUUGACAUUAUUUCUUAUAUCAUUAUUAUUUAAUGUUAUCCUAUUUAUUAUAUGUAUAUAGAUAUAGAUAUAUUUAAAUAUAUAUUUACACACAAACACAUAUAUAUAUACAUCUAUAUAUAUAUACUUGUAUUUAUAGAUAUGAACGUAUAUGUUGUGGUUAUAUAACACCAUGUAAAUAUUCUAUUGGUUUUGUUUGUAGAGACAUUUAUAGUAUUCAUGAUCUUGGGGUGGGGGGGGGGGCGUGUUAUGUUGACCAAGUUCUUACAAUUAUUCAAACUUUCUUUCCUACUUUGUCCAAGAUAUAAAUCUAAAUCUCAGGUGCACAGCUGACAUCUUUUGGGUUCCUUUUAUUAAAAUGAGAAUGCCGAGCCAAUUAAACUGAAGUGUUUAUUUCAGGUGACCAGGGCAAAAAGAGAGAGUUUGUGGUGAAAGGUGAGAGAGCUCCUACUGAGCUUAAGUCAGCUCUCAAACAAACAACGGGGAAAUCAUUCAGCAGUAAGGUCACAGGGAAAAAUGUACCCAGGCUGAAACAGAAAGUUAGAAAUUAUAAUGUCAAGGAUGAUCCUGAUGAAAGAUGAUGAGUAGCUUUUCAAUAAGAGAGAUUGUGUACAUGAUGUAACAAAGAUGAUGUCAGUGAGAGAGAUUGUGUACAUGAUGUGACAAAGAUGAGGUCAGUGAGAGAGUUGUACACAAUGUAACAAAGAUGAGGUCAGUGAGAGAGUUUUUGUACAAAAUGUAACAAAGAUGAGGUCAGUGAGAGAGUUUUUGUACACAAUGUAACAAAGAUGAGGUCAGUGAGAGAGUUUUUGUACACAAUGUAACAAAGAUGAGGACAAUGACAGAAAUUGUGCACAUGUGACAAGGAUGCGGUCAGUGAGAGAGAUUGUGUACAUGAUGUAACAAAGAUGAGUCCAAUUAGAGAAAUUGUGUACAUGAUGUGACAAGGAUGCGGUCAUUGAGACUGACUGUGUCAAUGACAUGACAAGAAUGAAAGUUAAGAUACCUGUCAAUGUAAUACUUUAACAAAAGGCGUAUAGUUAUAUAUUUAUUUUUUUUACAAUGACCAAAUUGUCUUAUAGAAAACAUUUAAAUUUAAAAAAAAAUAAUCACAAGGGUUAGCUAUUCUUAAUCUGUAAUAAUCACGAUGAUAUCAUAAUCUUCUUUUUGUUAAGGAUUCUUUUCUUUUUUCUUUUUUUAAGUCAUUGUGUUAUGAACUGAAUUAUUCAGAUGACACUUAGACUAAGUCAACAUCGACAUAGAGGUGUAAACUUCAAAUGUCUAUAUAGAUCAGUCAAAAUUGUCUGCUCUUACAUUCACUUUGAACUAGUUUGAUGACAGAAUCAUUGUUGUAAAAUAUGUCUGUGCAAAGACCAUUCAUGUAACUUUCUGUUAUUUUUUUUUUUCCUUUAACUUUUGUAUACAGAACAGUUGAAAUAAAAAUUUGUGCAGAGCCAUUAAUAAAAAUAUAUAAGGCUACCAUAUUAAUUAAUCAUAUUUAUUAUAUUAUAAUUUUAGUUCCACCUGUGUAUGUACUUGUGAUAUGUAUUUCUACACUGUCAUCUGUAUUUGUAUCUACACUGAGACAUCAGAGCCCCAUUGUGAUCUGGG